AUGCCGAAGAAAAGAAACCACAUCAAGUCCUUCAAGCCAAUCUCAACGGCCUCUCCGUCUUCUUCAACGUCGAAUAAUACCUCUGAGUCUCACAAGUGGUGCGCAGCAGACAAGCCCUCCCGAAGCGUCAAUGAGUUACUAGCAAACCUGCGUCGUACCUCGAUUAGCCCCUCCGCCGCCUCCCAGUCAGCCCUGCCCGCGACUGCUCCAAGCGUACCCCCGUCCAUCAGAGAGAUUCUCCAGAUCCCAGACACACCAGCCCCCGCUCCUCGUCGUCAAGUCCGUCAGAGAUUCGAUGGCAGUGGCAGGAGACUCCCUGCUGGCCCUCCUCCACCGAGGAGCUGGGUCUCCCGCCAAUUUACGGAUGCCACAACUGAGGCCUCCUCCUCGAGCCAGUCGCGGUUGAGUGCGAGAGGACUGGAAGACACUUGUUUGCCGGGAACUUAUCUUCCUGCCCGUGGAAGUCUGAUAGACAUCGUCCUGCAGAAGCUUGCAUACGACUGGGCUUUCCACCGUGUGUACAAUCAGUACCAUUUGUACUUUGUGCCUAACCAUUUGAAGGCAGCCUUGAUCCGCUAUGUUGGAAUAACCAGCGAAGAUGGGCUCUCUUUGAGUGAUCUUAAACUUAUUCUGUUGCCACCACCAGAUACCUUUGGCGAGGAUGAGUUAGAUAGGUUAACGGCUUCGAACUUUGAAGUCAACUACCUCGAUCUUUCGGGCUCCGCAUGCCGGUCAAUCAGACUCAAAGACGUCAGUGACUUACUGUUCCCCGCCAGGGAACAGGAAACCGCGGAAGAACUGCAGGAAUCUUGGGAUGUAUCCGAGGCUAUUCCAAGCCCUCCACGAUCUUUGCUGCCCAACCUCACCCACCUCUCGCUUGCCUUGCACCCUCAAAAUAGUUCAUCAGCAUCAUGGAAGCAUCUCCUUGCUCUGUCUUCCAAACUUACGACACUCACACACCUGAGUCUGGCCUUCUGGCCCGACCCAUGCUUGACACCACGAUCUCGCCUGGCCACCGUCUCCUCCCCGCAGGGACAUCGUAUUCCUUACGGCGGGACGAAUCUAUAUUCACAUGCGAUUGACCAUGAUUGGAGUGAGGCACUACUAGUCUUGCGCACAUUAAGUAAGAACCUGUAUGCGCUUGAGUUUCUUGACCUCACUGGCUGCUGUUCUUGGUUCCAUGCACUGAUGGCUGAAACCGGUCAUGACUUUGUCAACUGGGCUGAUCACUGGGGCAAGAUCACUGAACUACGUCUCCUUACAGGGUGGACACCUGGACCCGACGCGCUGCCGUCUGAGAGAGAGAAGUACAUUGAAGCUGUUCAAACAGCGAGACUUGUUGAGAAACACAUUCGAACGAUGAGAGCAGGCAAAGGCAGGUUUAUUGUUGUAGAGCGCGACAGUUUAGACAACUUAUAG